AAAACAAUAAUAAAUACAACGUAAAUUAAGGCGAACGAAGGUGUGGCAUUAGUUAUGCAUAAUUUUCAUAGAUAACGGCGCAUUAUAAAUCGCGUCACAAGAACAAGGACCAGGCGGACUGCGGUAAGCGGAAAAUUCAUCGUCGGAUUUCAUUUCCCAGCGGCAAGGACUGAAAUACGAAAUAGAAUUUAGAAAGGCAGAUACGGGCUCGCGACUGCGUACACGAAAAGCCUCUCUCUCUCGCUUCCUCCCUCUAUUGCGGAGCUGCUUCUAAUAGGCUAGUGGCACGUAUGUAUACUGCUGUUAGCUACGUAUAAUAUAGCUGUAUAUAAAACCGUCGAAGACGCGCACACACUCGCACACGUAUAUAUACGGAACGAGAGAGAAAAAGAGACGAGCAUAUAUACACAGAGGAGGCAGAGUUUGGUGCAGCCAGCGCAGUCACAUAGUCUCCGCGACUGAUCGCAUUUAUAAUAUACGAAAAACUCGUCUCUCGACACUUGUCAUCUCUGUCGUAGUCGUCGUCGCAGCAGCAGAAGCAAUUACCGUGUAAUAAGCCGAGAGAGAGAGAGUCGAGAACUGACAAUUGAACGUUGCUGCGAGGAGAGGAUCGUAUACGUAUUGGCAAAAGUGACAGCUGCGCCUGCACAGCACGACAGAUUCGCUUAUCGCGCCGUGUAUAUCUCUGGGCCGAGAGCGUAACGUCGUCCAAGAGUUGCAUCGGACUCGACCUCGCUGUCCAUUUUUUUGAGGGAUCAUCCCAACGACUCGACGGGAAAUCGCCAAUUUCACGACUGCGCAAUUCGAAUUAGCGACAUGUCGGACGACGGUAACGGAGGUAUGGAUCCAUGCGCCUGCAUCUGGAGUCAGGAUCUGGUGAUGCAGCGAUUACUCUCCUUCCUGAGACAGUCACAAGAUUACUGCUCCGAUACCGAAUGUUGGUCUCUCUCAAGACUGCCAGGGCCAGCAGUCGACUCCGAUAACAGCGAGAGCAACGACUUCUUCAUGCUUUGCUUUUUUACCAUUAUAGGUCUACUGUUAUACGCUUUCCGCCCACAAAGUGCUAGGAAAUUGGACAAGGAAUUCGCCAAUAGGAAUUCGGAUUUCGAUGGAGAACCUCCAGUACCUCCCCCGAGCGUUAAUUAAUUCGAGGCCUCGGGAAAAUAAUACACAAAUGGCUUGAGGCUGGCUCUGUCAAGCCACCGCGUUUUUUUAUAAACCACAAGCUAUCAUUGUAAACUACUGUGCAAAGUAUUGUAAAUCGCCCUGAACACAUUCCAUUUUUCAUAUGCUGCAGUUUACUUAUUCGAUGCUGCAUGCGAGAUAUUUGUGAAAAUAUCGAGACAUAUGAUUAUCAAGUGCACAGGGUACAUAGAACUAUGUUGAAAUUAUAAUUUGUUAAACUACGAUAUUAAUGUCUUUAGAGAUAUAUUUACUCGAAAUUGGUUGUUGAAAAUAUUCGGUUUAAUCUUAUUGGUCGGAAGAUUUAAUUUAUCGCUUGUUGAAAAUUUUUUACAGCAAUCUUUUUAAAUAAGUAUUCAAUACCAUCAUUACUUUGUGCAAUUAAUUGUUCAAAUAAACAAAUUUAUUUGAACAUUGUAAGUAAUUUGUAAUCUUUAAGUGAAAAUAUAGAUUGAUUAAUCUCAGCUAAAUAUUGAUGUACGCGUUUUUAUGAAAAAGUAUUCGGUAUAAACUUUUGAUUUCAAUAAAUAUAUUCAUUGUGUAAAAAA